CAUCGAACCACCACGACUAUCAGCCCUUCCGCACCCUCUCCACUCUGCAAUACCGCCAAAAUGCUCGCCCGUGCUACCUUCCGCGCCGCCUCGGCCCCAUCGCUCGUCGCUCGCCGCGGCUUCCAGUCGACUCGCUCCCAGCUUUCCAGCCCAUACCACUACCCCGAGGGCCCGCGCAGCAACUUGCCCUUCGACCCGCUGAAGAGGGGCUUUGCUUUCAAGUACUGGGGCUUCAUGGCCACCGGAUUCUCCCUCCCCUUCCUCCUUGCUGUCUGGCAGACAAAGAAGAACAAGUAGAUAUGAGGAGACAGAGAGUGGGCUUUGGCUUCGUGCACUGGGGAGACACGGAACUUGUAGAAUAAGCGGAGGUCCCGUAAACGACUGUACUAGACAUCAUAUCAUUCAAUUUCAUUGU